AUGUCGAAUCGAGGUAGGGGGGUGCCCCUACAGAGUCCCACACCAUGGUGGCUUGCCAAGGCCGUUGGGGCUAUGUUCCCUUCGGGGGCAUCGCAUGCACCUCGGAGGAGGGGGCGUGCAGCCAGCGUGCGGAAGGAGACAAACCACCCCACGUCCCUUUGGAAGCCCCCCCAGGAUGUGCAGCUUUUAAUUUUUUUGACAUGCAAGCGAUGCAUUUCCUUCGCUGCUGUUCCAUUGCCCGUUUUCAAGGCCUCCUAUGGCGCCUCAUCAGAGCGUUUUGACGGAAGAAGCUGCUUUACCUCUGGAUUGCUUGUGCGGAGUCGUGUUUCGAGGUCCACUUCGGAGGAGGAUCCCCAGAGGAGACAGCUGGUCUGCGGCCGAGCCGCCGUGCUCCGGCUCUUAGGCGCCUGGGCUCGUCAGGCUUUCGUCGGCCCGGUGAGUCCACCGCGGGCUAGAUCGCCGUCGGAGGGCGAGGUCUUCACAGAUGGCUUUCUUUGGCAGCACACUUCUUGUGACGGUGCGCUGGCUGCUUGUGGCGAGUGCUCGAUAUCACAUGGGGAGUGCUCCGGGAACGGUUAUUGGCGAAAAGGUGGGCAAUCGGCGCUGGAGCUCAAGACCCACAAGGGCCAAGGAUCCAUUGAUAGCACAGUUUGCCAGUGA